AUGUCCUUCUCAACGAUUGAGGGCGAUGCCCUCGACGACGAUGAGACGGCCGAUCAGAUGGUGUGCUCACCACUCCGGAGAGCCUCGGAUGCGAGCAGUUUCAUGAGCAGGGGGAUGAGUCUGCUCGGCGGGAACCACGACGAGAAUGCCCUGGAGCUGCUGAGCCAUUACCUCAGCGCGACGACAAUAAGUAUGGCCAACGGAUCAACGCCGGAAAACCCCUUUUCCGUGCAACUGAUACCGCUCGCCUUCGGCAGCGACCUUGUGCUUCAGCUGCUCCUCACCCAGAGUGCCGUUCACAGAGCUGCCAAAUCUUUGGUUUCCGCCGACAGGGUCGCGACAAAAUAUUACAACCAGUCACUGCGGCUGUUCCAGCACAACAUCUCCACGUUCAUGGGGGGGCAAAACGGAGAAGAAACAUUGAUAUUAGGUAUCGGAGCUUUGAUCCUAUGCCUUGUCGAGACGGCCAAGGGUGAUGUGAACGGCACUAUUCUCGACCACCUGAUGGCAGCGCAAUCUCUCAUCCUUCCUUUCUUGUCAGCAAACAGUACGCUUCUCCAUAAGUCGCUCAAAGACUUUCUGACCGAAUAUUAUCUUUACACGGCAACGGUCAGCAUGAUAUCCAUCGACGCGCGUCUAAGCGAUCAACUCUUCCUUAGUAACGACCUGUUGCUUCUUGCGACAGAGCUCGUUGCGUCCUCAUACAUUGGUAGCUUAACUGGCUGCUGGCUGGAUCUGAUACUUCUGAUCCCAUCCGUCUUCGAUAUGGGCCGGCGUAUGAUGGGUCAUGCGGAAAACCCCGACUGGCAGCCCUCGGCGGACGACUUUAUCCUCUUUGCUCAGCUACUGAGCCAGAUACAGAACUGGCAGCCCAAUCCGACAGUAAGCGAAAACGUGGCCCUGGCGGGAUACAUAUAUCAGAAGGCUCUUCUCUUAUACCUUCACACGGCAUUACACCCUAUUUCCCAACACAAUGACAGUUUGCAUUCAGUGGCCGUACAGUCCGCCCUUAGCGGGGCUCUAUCGCACCUCGCACAGCUGGACCCGAGCGUCCGCAUCAACACAAGCCUGUGCUGGCCCAUCACCAUCAUUGGCUCUUGCGUAACGGACAAGGGGCAGCAAGCGUUCCUGCAUGAGAGGCUGGGCCACAUGUUUGCGACCAUUGGCCUGGGUAACAUCCGCCAGACCUCUGUGCUACUGCAGCACGUCUGGGACCACAACGAAGUCACACCGGCGGACGUCGGCGCAGGGCCGUGGAACGUCUGUCGUGUGAUGAACGAGAAACAAGUAUGGAUAUCCUUUGCAUGA